AUGGCAAGCCUACGAAAAACCCACCCCCUUCUGAAGAUUGCUAACGGCGCACUAGUGGACCUCCCGGCUCCCUCCAAUAUUUCAGUAUGAUGAAACUUUGGGUCCCUGCUCGGAUUAUGCCUAGCGGCACAAAUCUUAACAGGACUGUUUUUAGCUAUACACUACACUUCCGACAUCGCAACCGCAUUCUCCUCUGUAAUACACAUUUGCCGAGAUGUAAACUAUGGGUGAUUAAUCCGAAACAUACACGCAAACGGAGCAUCAUUCUUCUUCAUCUGCAUUUAUGCACAUAUCGCCCGAGGACUAUACUACGGAUCAUACCUUUACAAGGAAACAUGAACCAUCGGGGUCGUCCUUCUCCUUCUAGUUAUGAUGACUGCCUUUGUAGGAUACGUCCUACCAUGGGGGCAAAUGUCAUUCUGAGGGGCCACUGUCAUUACUAACCUAAUAUCGGCCGUUCCCUAUGUAGGUAACGCACUAGUUCAAUGAAUUUGAGGGGGGUUUUCUGUAGACAACGCUACUUUAACCCGAUUCUUCGCCUUCCAUUUCCUAUUCCCAUUUGUGAUUGCAGGGGCUACUAUUCUCCACCUUCUGUUCCUCCACGAAACGGGGUCAAACAACCCGGCAGGACUUAACUCAGACUCUGAUAAAAUCUCCUUCCACCCGUACUUCUCUUACAAAGAUGCCCUGGGGUUUGCAGUCAUACUAUUAGCUCUCACAUCCCUGGCCCUCUUCGCCCCCAACCUCCUUGGAGAUCCGGACAACUUCACGCCAGCCAACCCGCUGGUUACUCCCCCUCAUAUUAAGCCAGAGUGAUACUUCCUCUUUGCAUACGCCAUUCUUCGAUCAAUUCCGAACAAGUUGGGAGGGGUGCUUGCUCUCCUAUUCUCGAUUCUGGUCCUUCUGCUUGUUCCUAUUCUACACACCUCCAAGCAACGAGGACUAACAUUCCGACCUAUAACACAGUUUUUAUUCUGAGCCCUAGCCGCAGAUGUAAUUAUCUUAACAUGAAUUGGAGGAAUGCCAGUAGAACACCCCUUUGUUAUUAUCGGACAAGUUGCAUCAGUCGUGUACUUCUCAUUAUUCUUAUUCCUUUCACCCCUCGCAGGGCUGGUGGAAAAUAAAGCUCUAAGCUGAAAUU